GCGGCGGCGGCGGCGGCGGCGCGGGGGGCGCGGGCGGAGCCGCUGCCGGUGCCGGCCCCGCUGGCGGAGCCGCGGGUCCCUCCAUGCCGCCAUGGCCCCCGCGGCUGCCCGGCCCCGCGCCGCACUCGCCCUGGCCCUGCUGCUGGGAGCCCUCGCAUCCGAGUGGCCCCCCCAAAACGCCAGCGAGGCCGAGGGGAGAGGCUGGGAGGGCUCCCUGGAGAGCAGCUCCCCGCGGUGGGACCCGGCCAGGAAAGACCCCCCGGGGGGGCCCAGCAACGGCAGCGGUCCCUGGGGGGCCGUGGCGGGCAGCGAGCCCCCAGCGGGACCCCAGCUAGAUCCCCCCGGGGGGGACCCGAUGGCCACCACGGACCCGGCGGCCAUGCCGGAGGGGUGCGCGGGUUGCGCCGGGGAGGGGGACGCCAGCGCUCUGCCCCCCAAAGCCGGCUCGGCGGAGGAUGGCCAAGCGUCAGUGACCUGGCCCGGUGACAGGGGGACAGUGGCACCGGGCAGCCCCGAGGAGCCGGGGAGCGGCGAGCGGCCCACGCAAGCCUCCUUGCCCAGCCCGGGGGUCUUCGGGGGGCUCACGGCCGCCCCGCCGAGCCCCCCCAGCCCGCAGCUCGCCACCGACUCGGCCGAAUCUGACCUGCUGCUGGCGGCCGGGGGCUCAGCCGUGCCGCAGACCCCCGUACCGGGGGACCCCAGCCCCAUGCCAGGCGCCGUGGGGGACUCGGGGCUGUGGGUGGCCGCAUCCAGCCCGGCCCCGGCGCAGGGGGCUCGCGGCCGGACGGAUCUGACCUGGCUGGAAGAGCCCAUCACCGCCGUCACGGGCCCGGCUGAGCCGCCGGCCGACCAGACGGCCUCGGAGAUCAUCGACGUCGACUACUACGACCUGUUUGAGGGGGGCGAGGGGAUGGGGGGCUUCCCCGGGGGAGGCCAGGGGGCGGCCGGCUCGGCGCGGCGGCGGGAGCCGGAGGGGGCGGCCACGCCGUGGGCCCUCCACGAGCUCUACGACGACUUCACGCCCUUUGACGAAGCCGAUUUCUACCCCACCACCUCCUUCUACGCCGACGGGGACGAGGAGGAUGAGCUGGAGGAGGAUGAGGAGGAAGAGGAGGAGGAGGAAGAUGGGGGGCUGGAGGACGAGAAUGGCUACCGGCCGCCCCCCUCGGCCGUGCCCGGUGCCCAGCCGGCGCCGCGGGACCCCCGACCUACCGGCCGCCGUGACGUGGCCCCGCCGCAGCCCUCCGGCGUGGCGGGGGGCAGCCCCACGGUGCGGCCGCGGCCAGGGGAGCGGGGCCAGCCGGAGAACGGCACCGAGUGCCGGAGCGGUUACGUGCGGCACAACAGCUCCUGCCGCUCCGUCUGCGACCUCGUCCCCAGCUACUGCCACAACGGCGGCCAGUGCUACCUGGUGGAGAGCCACGGGGCCUUCUGCCGGUGCAACACGCAGGACUACACGUGGCACAAGGGCACGCGCUGCGAGGCCAUCGUCACCGACUUCCAGGUGAUGUGCGUGGCCGUGGGCUCGGCCGCCCUGGUGGUGCUGCUGCUCUUCAUGCUCACCGUCUUCUUCGCCAAGAAGCUCUACCUGCUCAAGACGGAGAACAGCAAACUGCGCAAGACCAAAUACCGCACCCCGUCCGAGCUGCACAACGACAACUUCUCCCUCUCCACCAUCGCCGAGGGCUCCCACCCAAAUAGAGAAGCGAAGGGCUUUGCCGAGCGCGAGCCGGAGGAGGAGCGUAGGUCCCUCUAGCCUUUGCCUUAGCCCACUGCCGGUUUUCCCCCGUCUUUCGACCGCCUUUAGCAGCCGUAGCGUCCGGCCACCCUGGCAGGAGGGUCCCGGAGCCGGCUCGCUCCCCCGCUGCCGAGAGGAUGAACCUCGGGAUGAAUUCGGAGCCGCUCCCUGGCGUCUCGCUGGGGUCCCCUCCGGGAUGCGGAGGGCUCGGUCCUGGGAUGGGACCUCGGUGCCCGGGACGCAGCGGAACAAGGAUGCGGAGGGGUCAACACCCCUGGGAAAGGGGUUUUUGGGGACAUGUGGAGCAGCCUCUUCGCCGGGCGAGGAGCUCGGUGCCCAUCCUGCGGGGUUUGCUGUGGAGCCGAUGGCAUCACCCCGGAUCAGCUGGGAAUCACCCAUAGGAUCACUGCUCAGAAGAUGGAGGGUUCCCAUCCCCAUAUGAGCCGGCCCUUGGGUGUCCCCAUCCACCUGCUGCGUGGCACCGGGGGCACCGUAACCCCUACGAUGCCCAUCCAGGGCUCGUCCUGCCCCACCAGCACCGACGGCGAUGCCGGGAUCAUCCGGGCACAGACGUUACCCAACACAACCAGAGCUCUGCCCCGGUGCCAUCGGGGGCCGCUCUCCCCAUGGAUGUGGGACAAACUCGGGGCACAGCCCAGCCCCGGUGGGGGGAAGAUGCUCCCGGAAGCCAUGGGGGGACAUCGGGAAGAAGCAUCGCUGGCUUUUCCUCCAUUGGAUCCAUCCAGCGGCAUGGGGGGGGGCCGGCUGUACGCUAACGAACCGCAAUAAAUCCAACCCCUCGGGCCUCCUGCCAAGCGCUGCUCGGGGAGUUGCUAAUUGGCGUGGGGCCGAUGAGACGAGCCGGGCUGGAAAUGGGAAGAGAAAUGGGAUGUCGGGGGGAGGACGGCGGGGGCGGGGGGGAUGGCUCCCGUGGUUGGUGCGGCUCUGGGCUGCUGUUGGCGAGCGGCUUUGGGUGCUGGUGGCACCCCGAGGUGGGGGACCCGUGGCUGGGAAUGGCAACGAGUCACCGCAGGCGGCUCGGACCCUGUCGGCUCCCCCCGUGCCAAGGUGUGUGCUGGUUGGGGGGGCAUUUACCCUUGGGCAUCCCUGCCCUGCAAGGUCAGGAUGCUCGGUUGCCGGUGGGGACAUCGAUGCCUUCGGGAACUGGGACUUAGUCCCACUGCAGGUCACCCCCUCCCAUUGCAACGAUGUUCCCUGCCACGGUCAUCCUGACCCCCCCCAUCUCU